CAGUGUAACUAUUAUUGGUCGUGACGUCACCAUUCAAGAUGGCAGCCUCCAUGAAAGUUCGUGUGCUGGAACUAUACAGCGGGAUUGGAGGCAUGCACUGGGCUCUUAAAGAAAGUGGGCUGUCCUUUGAAGUUGUUGCAGCCAUUGACAUCAACACCACUGCAAAUCAGAUCUACAGACACAACUUCCCUGAUGUUAAACUUCUACCCUCCAGCAUUGAUAAACUGACAGCUGCACAGUUUGAAGCCUGGAACAUCGAUGCUGUGUUGCUGAGUCCACCAUGCCAGCCAUUCACACGGAUGGGGAAGAAGCGAGACGUGGAGGACAUCAGGACCAAGUCCUUCAUGCAUGUCCUCCAUCUUAUCUCUGUAGUAAAGAAUAAGCCUCGAUAUAUUCUGGUGGAGAAUGUCAAGGGAUUUGAGACAUCAGAGGCGAGGCAGCGACUGAUGGGGACACUGACACAGUGCAGCUACCACUAUCAGGAGUUUUUGCUGACUCCACUUCAGAUGGGCAUCCCGAACUGUCGACUGCGAUACUAUCUCAUAGCCACUCUCGCACAAAAUGGAUUUUCAUUUCCGACUUCAGAAUCCAUUCUUGAGGACUUACCUAAGGAGGUUUCUGAUUGGCUGACUUACAAAAAACUCAUCUGUGAUACUUCUUUCCAGCCGUCAUGUGACCAGUCAUGUGAUACAGAAACAACUCCCACACAGAAUGGUGGUGUUCAUGAUGCAAGUGAAAGUACUCUGGAGGAUGCAGGAGAAAAUUUGCGACAAGUUGCUGACGAAACUCAUCAGGAGUAUAGGGGCUGUCAGAGAUUGAAACACUUUCUAGAGAAACAGUCGUGUGAAUAUUUCCAGGACUUUUUGCUGGAUGAUAAGGAGCUCACUCGUUUUGUGAUCAUGGACAUCGUCCAACCUUCUUUGAAUAAGUCAGCUUGCUUCACUAGGAGAUAUGGACAUUUUGUAGAAGGUGCCGGCUCAAUUGUCCAGAUGACAAGCAAUGUUAAAGCAGUUGAAGCUGUCAGCAAGUUGAAAUCUCGGGUUGUUGAUCUGCCAGAGCGCCCUCUACUGGGAGAAGAAGAACUGGAUCUCCUGCGAGGUCUACAGUUACGAUACUUCACGCCUCGGGAGAUUGCCAAUCUAUUGUGUUUCCCCCAACAGUUUGAGUUACCAAGUGAGCUGUCGAGGAUCCAGAAGUAUCGGAGUCUUGGGAACAGUCUGAACGUCCAUGUGGUAUCACUACUCAUCAGGCUCAUGAUGUUGUGAUGUCUAACAUUGUAUUUAUUAAAGAUAUUUCUUCUAA